AUGUCCCACAGCUGUGAACAGGAGCACCAUGAGUGCUCGCCACCACCACCAGAAACGAACGCUAGCCAAUCGUUAUACGAUUUCAUUGACACUGCCAAAACGGUGUGUUUGAAUUGCGUCGGCAAGGGAAACUCCGGUACAGUGGCAGAAUGUCUUCUAAAAUCACAAGAACAAAAGUUCAACGUUUCUAGUUAUAUUGAAAGUGACGCAGAUUGCCAGGUUCUAGUGCAUAUCCCCUUUACGAGCAAUUGUCGCAUUUUUUCAGUGAUCAUAAGAUGCAAUCAAGCAGAAGACGACUUACUAGGUUCACCAAAGACAAUCAAACUUUACAAAAACUUCCGGAAGAACAUCGAUUUUGACACUGUCAAAGAUAUGAAACCUACGCAUCACUUUGAAAAUCCGCAAAACGUUGGGCUCGCGGAUCCGGGCUCAGAAGAAUACAUACAGGACGAAUCCAGCUUCGUUGAGCAUCAUCUUCCAAGGCGGCAUUUCCAGAAUUGUCACUCGUUGACCUUACUCAUUGAUGACAACUGGGCCGCUGACGAGGAUUUACUAACGCGCUGUUACUAUCUUGAGCUUCGCGGAGAGUGUUCUGGCAAUUUACCUGCUGGAGACGGUAUUCCUCUCAUGGCGGUUUACGAAGCGGCUCCCAGCCCACUUGACCAUAAAAAAUUAGAAUCUGAGCAAGAAACUACAAAUUUGGGCAUGUAA